AUGAGUAGGACCGUGUCGAGGCGCCUUUGGGCACAAUCGCCUCUAGCAGCCCUUUCCGAGUCUGCACCCCGUCAGAGACUCUCGUUACAAUGUCUACGACCGUUUUCAAAUUCCUCAUGCAAGAACGCUGAAGGAGACAGCUCCAAUCCUUUCCCCUCAGCUCCCAAGCCUUCUUCCUCAUCAACACCAAGAAGCCAUGUCUCCCCAUCGCUCCAUCCGAAAGCCUCCACAAAUCCGCCAUCGCAAGCAAUGAAGAUGCUUUCCAAAUUGAUGGUUACCAACAAUCAAGACCGAAAAGCGCGCGAGGACAGGGCGGGCAUUGACAUGGAAAAGGUCUCUUCGGACGGUUUCCUCCUGACCUCCCAAAAGGAAAGGCAUGAGGAGCCCCAUCACUUCCACGUCUACGCUACGAGGCAUAACACUCAUAUUACGGUCACUACACCCAAUCGUGACCCGAUCAUCUCGAAAUCAGCGGGUGACAUAGGGUUCAGGAAAAGUGCCAGAAAGCAUUAUGAUUCCGCAUUCCAGUUGGCGUCGUAUGUUAUGGGGAGGUUACAGGAAAGUGGGAAGAACCGUGAAAUUUCCAAGUUGGAGGUUGUGCUGAGAGGGUUCGGGCAAGGAAGAGAGGCUGUCACCAAGGCACUGUUGGGCAGUGAGGGCCGGUUUCUGAGGGGCAAGAUUAUCAGGGUUGCGGAUGCUACGAGGUUGAAGUUUGGUGGGACGAGGAGCAAGAAGCCCAGACGUCUGGGUUAG